AUUGUAUUUCAGGUUCUUGUUGCUGUUUCGCCUCGUUCUAGUAUGCAGUUUUUUGAUGUCGGAACUAAGACUUGGAAGCUGUUGCCAGUCUCUACACCAGCUACUCUAGCGACCCAAUGUUACUCUGCGGUGUCUGCUGCCGAUAAGUUAAUGGUUGCCGCAUAUGACUCCCUUGGACACUGCCUUUAUCGUUAUGACCCGGAGACAAAUGUGUGGGAGAGGCUUCCUCAUUCAUGUCGUGAAAUCAAACAUCUUUGUGUUACAGCAGAGCACCUGUACGCAUUUCCCGCUGACUGCAAACAGCAUUCUCAAAAGUACAAUUUCGCUCAACGUAAGUGGGAACACUUUCGAAGAGUAGAAAUAACUUUCAAUGCUAAGAGUUUGUUUUUCUAUAGUGGUAUAGCAGUAUUAAACAACAAAGUUUAUGUCCUCUAUAUAGAGAAAAGUCAAACGAUCAUGAAUCGAGCCGUAUUACACUGUUUUGAUCCACCAAAAGACCAAUGGGAGAAAAAAGCAAACACUUCCCAAUUCCACUUUGGAUCCAGUCUUCUAGUAGUAAACGGUAAACUUUACGUUGCCGGGGGCAACGUUUCUUGCGACCACGCCCAUCGUCCAUAUGGUAAUCCUGCCCCUGUAGAAAUGUAUAACGAAGAAACCAACGCUUGGACUGUUGUUGAACACAAAAAUGUUCCCGCCGACAGCAACCUCAGUGCAGUGGAAAUA